AUGACGGCGGCUAUCGCCGAUUGCAAUUCCUCUUUGGCAGCUCCUUUACGGAAGCAGCCCGUGAUGGAGGACCGUAAGAGGCCUCUCGUUGACGGUGCAUCCGACGAAACCCCCCCAAGUAAACGACAAGCCAUGACGUCUCCAGACGAACCUCAGAACCAGGAAGAGGUUGUGAACUUCCAAAAAGAGGCCAUUUAUCGUCAGAUGAAGGCUUAUAAACGGGAGAAAGAACUUACCGAGACCCGACUUGAAGAGUUGCAGAAACGUUGCAUCUACCAUGACGACCAUAUCCGUGUUAUUGAUGUUUGGCUUGACCAGUUGCUGGAUGAAGUCCGAAUUAUGGUUGACGCUGACCUUCUAGAAAUGGAACAUCAGCAGAACGGAGAGAAAGAGACACCUGCUCGGAUUCCUUCGUCCCUACUUUCUGCCAAUGUAGAACUUUUUUCCGAACACCUUGAUAAGAAGAGGAGCUUGAUUAAGGAGUCAUUGGCGCCAUUGCUGAAAAGAAUUGGGGAAAGCAAAAAUGAUGCUUCAAAUGAUAAGACUAUUUCGAAGCUCAAAUCUGAGUUAUCCAAGGCAUUGGCAGCCCACAGAAACAGUUCUGUUGAAUUGGAACGCCUCCGACAGGAUAAAGGAGAAGUCGACGCGCAACUUACAAAUGCUGCUAUUCGUUAUCUCACGUCUGAGAAGAGGUUGGAUCGUCUGAAGAGCCAAACGGUCGCCAAAAUCGAGCAACAAGCAGUUGCGACAUCCUCAUCCUCGAACGGUGCCUCGCAAAAAGACGCUAACUCUUCGAAAGCGAAAUUCACCGAUGGACAACUUGCCGACGCCGAGCUCGCACGAAAAGAGGCGGAAGCGAUUGCCAGCAAACAAGAAAAGGAGAUCAAACAGCUCCAGACGGAAAUAUCUCGCCUCCAGGAGCAAGUUACGAGUUCCGUCCUCAAGCUCGGCAGGUUAUCCGAGGAGGACAUCCAACAAUGCGAGACAUACAAAAACGCAAAGUUGCGACUUGAGGAUGUUGUUGCGAAAUUCAACCAUAUUGAGGCCCAUCAUACAGCUACUCAAAGGGAUAAUGAAACUUUGCAAGCAGAAAGGACGGCGUUCAAGAAGUUGGUCAUCGAUGAACAAUCUAUAGCUAUCGCCGAGGCUCACACUCAACUCGCGAAGUGUGAAUCGGAUUUAGCACGCAUUAGAGCGUUCCGCGACCAACUCCAUGGCGAUAUUCACGCCCUCAAAAUUGCAGCCGAUAAACCGGGUAUCACCGAUCGCACCGAAGAACUCAGAAAACUUGUUGAAUCCCAAGUACAAAAGAUAGCAUCUUUGGAAGGCGAGGUUCAAAGGUUACGAUUGGAGGCCGGGAAUAGUUCGCCACUCCCUGCCUCCGAGGAUAUUGCCGGGUUAAGUCACGAGGAGUUAAUCGAUGGUAUGACGAAACUCAGAGCUUCGCAUAAUAUCUUGGAGAAUGAGUUUAAAUCCAUCGAAGAAGCUUGGAAGAGCGCCCAUGAUGUCAGCAAGGCCAAAUUUGACGAGCUCAAGUCUCUGCAAGAGUUAGUCAUCAAAAUGAAGCAAGAUAAACUCAAGAGUGAACAAAAGGCAUUCGAAACCGGCAGAUUAAAGGAAGGUGCUAUGGAUAAGGCCCGAAUGUGUCAAAAUCAACACGAUAAGGCUUCCGAAAUUAUCAUGAAUUUGAAGAAUGCGGACAAAAAGCAGACCUCCCUCAUCGCCAAUCUUGAAAAGCAGCUUGCGGAAUUAAAGGUUAUUAAUAAUCAAGCCAUCCUUUCGCAAAAGUCUGCCCAAACGGCCCAAGCGGAGCUCAAGAAUACUGUUGAAGCGUUGAACAGACAACUGAAUAAUCUGAAGGAGAAUAUUAAGAGGUCUGAGGAUGCGGGCAGAUCUGAGAGCAACAAAAGAAGAACUGCCGAAAAUGAGUUGGAGAAGGCACUCGUUCGUGUCAAUUCGCUUGAGCAAUCAGUCAAAGCACUCAAUAAUGAGGAGGGUGACGAUACCGCGCUGGAGGGAUUCAGGUUGAUGGUUCGAUGUGGAAUUUGCCCCACAGCCCGUUUGAAAUCUCGAGCUUUGAAAACCUGCGGGCAUCUCUUUUGCAAGGAGUGCAUUGACGAACGUAUCUACUCUCGCAACAGGAAGUGCCCAAGCUGCUCUCGAGCAUUUGCUGCCGCCGACGUCCUUCCAAUUGUUCUUUGA